AUGCCCGGCACGCCCAGCCUGCUGCCUCCUCUGCUCGCCCUGCUGUGCCUCGGGGUCGCCGACCCCAAGGCCGACCCCGACGAGCCGUGGUGCCCCUACAAGGUGGGCGGCGAUGGCGCGGCGGCGGCGGGGGCGCGGCUAUGCUUCCGCCCGCCGGCCCGCGGCUUCCAGUGCGCGGCUCGGGGCUGCCGCGCCCACCGCUCCGCCGGCGGCGCGCUGGUGGCCAACGUGCUGCGGAACGGCAGCGUGCUGCUGCAGUGGGGGCUGCGGCACUGGGGGCCGCCGCCGCCGCGCCCCUCCGCCGCCCUGCGCGGCUUCGCGCUCAACUGCUCCUGGGACGGCACCUACACGCGCUUCCCCUGCGACAGCGUGGAGCUGGGAGCCGCAUGUCGCGACUACCUGCUGGCCGAGGCGCACGGCAGCGUGCGCUACCGCCUGUGCCUGCAGCCGCGCUACGCCCCGCCGCGCCCCGCGCCGCCCGCGCAGUGCGUGGAGUUCCGCGUGGAGCCCGCGGCCAUGCGCGACAUCGUCGUGGCCAUGACGGCCGUGGGGGGAUCCAUCUGCGUGAUGCUCGUCUUCAUCUGCCUGCUCGUGGCCUACAUCACCGAGAACCUCAUGAGCCCCGCGCUCGCCCGCGGGGGACACGCGGCCGCCGCUGCGCGCCGCGCGUAGUGCGGGAGGGGAUGGUGAUGGUGAUGAUGAUGAUGAUGGUGGUGAUGGUGAUGCUGCGCCGCGGGGCGCGGGGCCGGCGCCCGGCCGCUCCCGCAGCCGUCCUUCCAGCGCUCUCCGGCGAGGGAAGAGGUUUUCCGGACUGUUCUGGCAGCGCUGGGUUUGCCGUGCCCACAUUUCCAGGAUGCGCGUUUCAAGCGGAGUUCGGAGCUCUUCCUCGGCCAGAGCCCUUCGUGCUGACUGAACUCGUGGCAUCUCAGCGGAUCCAAAAUCAAUAGCAGAGGUCCCCAAGUGCCAGAAAUCGUCUGUUUUUAAGGGCAAACGGCAGAUCCUACCGAGGGCCUGUUUGAAAAGACUCUCCAGAACACCCUUAUUUUAAGCCUAAAACCUCUUGGUCUUAGACCCGUGCUUGAUUUUUUUUUUUUUUCCUGUGGGGUAAAGUUGUUUAAAGUUCAGGAGAACUGGCUGGUGGGACCACAAACCCCAUAGCUAAGUGUGUGUUUGAUCCAAAGCCCACUUAAUCUCGUGUUUUAGGUGGGUUUUGUGUCACGCCUUAACGGUGGUCACAAAUCUUGGGGCCAAUAUCCAAAAACAACGGGGGGGUUUUUCUGCUCGAGGGUUUUCUGGUCAGCUCCAGCGACCGCCAACAUCCAACACCCGCUUUUCUCCCAUCAGAAUUGUGUCAUAGUUUUACAAAGAGUGCAGGUAAAGGGAUAAAUUCAGUAAGAAUUUCGUUGAGCAAGUAGGAACCAACCCUUAAUUAUAAGUAAGAUAUAAGUGAGCACCCCCUUGGCCCCUGAAAUCCCCUCCUUUAGCAAAGCAGCUGCACUAAGGUAGAAGCUUCUUGACCACGGAAGUCACUGAUGUUGUAGCCGAGUGUUUUGAGCGUAGGAACACUCCCUGGUAACUCCUCACUUGAUGCUGUAGUAAAGUAAGGUUUUAGCCAUACUCUAGUACUGAUUCUAUUGUGCCUUAGUGCUGAGAAUUUGUCCCAUUUCUAUUGGUGUAUCUGUUUCCUGUAGUCCUUGUAGUUAAGCGUAUCUUCCCUCGUGUUCUUGUCCCUGGAAUUAGUGGUUGUUGGUUUGUCUGAUUGUUUUCUUUAAAAAAAAAAAAAUAACAACAAACCAACUUGGGCUGAUCAUUACUUGAAAUUUAAUAUAUACACAGAGUAGUUACCUUCAGAGAGGUAUUUAGUGAGGUAGUUUUUAGUACGUGUUGUUUGUAUGUAGUUGACUGCUGUAACACAAAAAAAUAAUUUAUUAUCACUUAGGAGCUGUGCACUUAAAGCAAAAAAAAAAAAAAAAAAAAAAAAAAAAAGUAGGGGAAAGGCUUUCCUGUAAAGGGACUGUGUGAUCUGUUUGUGUAAAUGUUUAGCACUGGUGAACGACCUGUUUGCUUUUCCUUGUGGAAGUCGUUUGUGAAGUUUAAACUGGGUGGUAGAGGGUAAAUAUAGGAAGCGUGUGGAAUCCUUAAUAAUACACAGUAUUUGUACUGAACAUAAUCCCUUCUCCAAGAACUUGGGAGUGGCUGAGGAGCUGAAGGUCUGCAUUCCAUCGACACCUUUUCCUUUGUUUCCUUUCCUGCUGUGUUCCCAUUCUCGCGUGCAGCUGACUCCAGGUGUUCUGUGUUUAUUUCCUUGCCUGUGUGCUGGAUUUAAGCAACUCACUGAUGCCAUCAUUUUGGGGUUUUUAUCCCUAAGGGGAUCGACUGCUGGAAGAAAAGGCAGUUUUGAAGAACAUAAAGACAAAUUUUGGUCUUUUAAAGGUUGCAGGGUGUUGUUUUGUUGUUUUUUUUUUUGUUGUUGUAUCCAGUUCAGCACAGGAGCAUUGGAGUGCCACUGAUUUUGUACAUUUCUGUCACCUUUUGUCAACCAAUGUCACUGUUCUGUUCCUCAUCGUGUCAUGAAUUGCCAGAUGUGAAAACCAGCUGUAUAAACCACGACCUUGGCAUUGAACUUAAUAAAUUAAGAGGAUGAUGAAAAGAAAUGAAAAUUUCAUAAAUAUUUAAAGGUUCAAGAUCUUGCUUGACUCAAAGUGAGUCUGCCCAAACUGGUCAUAAUAAUAUUCCAUGUGCAUUGUAAAAUUAUGACAGCAUUAAUUGGAAAAAAAAAUAUAUUUAUUCUCUUAAUACUCCAUUUUAUUUACUAGAGGUUUGGACUAUAGAUAACUGGGUAAUUCAGAUGGUAACACUGAUGUGAGUCUGAGGAAAUGGAAAUUUAAUUUACAGUUUUGAACGUGACUGUCUUCAGUAAGACAACUCUGCAGGUAAUAAUGGAUACCUUAAAAAAUAAUAAUAAUGGUAUAACCCUAAUGGAUAAUGGGAUAACCCUAAAACAGCACCUAGAAGAUACUAAAGAGGUGUUUUUGUAGUCAUUUCACAUUUUUAUUCAUCAGUCUCUGGGGAUUGCAUUGCAACAGCCUCCUGGGCAGAGGGUAGAAAAAGAAUAUAAAUCCUGAUAGAAGACAAUCUGCAAUUUACUAAAGGAUUCUUUUUUUUUUUUCCUUUUCCAUGCAUUACAAAUGGGAUGUGGGAAACAAUAUCUCAGUUUCUCAUUCAUUUUUGGUGGAUUAAGCUUUAAUUGAACACAUCUGGGCGUGUGGAGAAGAAAAUCAGAGUAUUCCCUGUUUGAUUUUGUGUGACAUUAAGCAAAACAGCUGCUGACCCAUUGGUAACUGGAUUUUUUCCUUCUAUCGCUGUAGGAAUUUCCUCCACCAUGAAUGUGGACAUUUCUUGUGAUAAUAAUACAAGGGGAAAUUAUGUGUACACAGGC